AUGUGUAUUGGUAAGAAGGGAAAGUUUAGUUCUCGGUACAUUGCCCCUUACCGUAUUCUAAGAGGAAUUGGGAAGGUAGCUUACAAACUAGUAUUGCCAAUGGAGUUUGCAGUAGCUUAUCCCAUGUUCCAUGUCUCCUUGUUAAAGAAAUGUGUUGGCGAUCCAUCUCUCAUUGUCUCUCUAGAAACUGUUGGGGUAAAAUAUAGUUUAUCCUUUGAGGAGGUACUAGUGCAAAUUUUAGAUCGGCAUGUUCACAAGUUAAGAACCAAAGAGGUAGCAUCAUUGAAGGUUUUAGGGAGAAAUUACUUUGUUGAAGAGGCUUUGUGGGAAACCAAAGAGGAUAUGAAGGACAGAUACCAAGAGUUUUUCGUUCAUCAAGAUGAUGUAGCCGGAGACUCGUGGCUAGACAAGUUGCUGCUUUUCGGUAAGCAGUUGGUGAGUCCUCCUCAGUUGGGGGCUUCAUUGAUUAGCUAA